CUCCAGAGCGCAGGCUGGGACUAACGGGCACCGCGAGCCCAGAGCACCCCCGGAGCUGAGUAUACCACGCGCCCCCACCACACCCACCCCACGGCCGCUGAAUGAGGCUUCCAGGUGCCCGCUUGCUGCCCGCAGCGCCCCGCCGGAGGUUCGCUCGCUGAGGGGCGGCUGGUGCGCUGGCCGCCAGUGCGCUCACCUGCCAGCUUGCGCGCCAUGGGGCAGCCCGGGAACGGCAGCGUCUUUUUGCUGGCGCCCAACGGAAGCCACGCACCGGACCAAGACGUCACACAGGAACGGGACGAGGCGUGGGUGGUGGGCAUGGGCAUCGUCAUGUCGCUUAUCGUCCUGGCCAUUGUGUUUGGAAACGUGCUGGUCAUCACAGCCAUUGCCAAGUUCGAGCGUCUGCAGACGGUCACCAACUACUUCAUCACCUCCCUGGCCUGUGCUGACCUGGUCAUGGGCCUGGCGGUGGUGCCCUUUGGGGCCAGCCACAUCCUCAUGAAAAUGUGGACUUUUGGCAACUUCUGGUGUGAGUUUUGGACUUCCAUUGACGUGCUGUGCGUCACGGCCAGCAUUGAGACCCUGUGCGUGAUCGCCGUGGAUCGCUACCUUGCCAUCACAUCACCCUUCAAGUAUCAGUGCCUGCUGACCAAGAAUAAGGCCCGGGUGGUCAUUUUGAUGGUGUGGGUCGUGUCCGGCCUUACCUCCUUCUUGCCCAUUCAGAUGCACUGGUACCGGGCCACCCACCAGGAAGCCAUCAACUGCUAUGCCAAGGAGACCUGCUGUGACUUCUUCACGAACCAAGCCUAUGCCAUUGCCUCCUCCAUUGUGUCCUUCUACUUGCCCUUGGUGGUCAUGGUCUUCGUCUACUCCAAGGUCUUCCAGGUAGCCAAAAGGCAGCUCCAGAAGAUCGACAAAUCUGAGGGCCGCUUCCAUGCCCACAACAUCAGCCAAGUGGAGCAGGAUGGGCGGAGCGGGCCCGGACAACGCAGGGCCUCCAAGUUCUGCUUGAAGGAACACAAAGCCCUCAAGACUUUAGGCAUUAUCAUGGGCACUUUCACCCUGUGCUGGCUGCCCUUCUUCAUUGUCAACAUUGUGCACGUGAUCCAGGAUAACCUCAUCCCUAAGGAAGUUUACAUCCUUCUAAACUGGGUGGGCUAUGUCAACUCUGCUUUCAAUCCCCUUAUCUACUGCCGGAGCCCAGAUUUCAGGAUUGCUUUCCAGGAGCUCCUGUGCCGGCGCAAGUCUUCCUUGAAGGACUCUGGGAAUGGCUACUCCAGCAACAGCAAUGGCAGAACUGACUACCCAGGGGAACAGAGUGGAUAUCACCUGGGGGAGGAGAAAGACAGUGAACUGCUGUGUGAGGAUCCCCCAGGCAUGGAAGACUUUGUGAACCGGCAAGGUGUAAGAGAGUAUCAUCACAAAUUCUUUGAGAUCAGCCUUUCUGCCAACCUCAAGGCUUCCAGUGAAAAUCAUAAGGCUCAAUUUCCACCAUGUUCUCCCAAGCUCUUCUUCUCAGCUCCCCGGGGCUUCCCACAACCAACCUGUGUGCUUGGGUGGCAGCAAAGGCUGGGGCUGCUGAAAUGUGCACCAGAUAUGCCUUUGGCAGUGUUUAUCAGACCCAGCCUGGCUCCUGUGGCUGAAGCAAAGGAUCUGGCUGUUCAGGUGACCCUGGCCUGCCUGCAACCUGCCCAUCUGGCCUGAAGAGAUGGAACCUUCCUCUCAGCUCUGCCUUUCAUUUACUGCUCUGGGCCCAGGCAAAGACCUUGCCUGUUGUGCUUCAGUUUCCUCAUCUCUGGGGAAUGGUAUCUUUGUUUCACACGGGACACUGUGCAUUUUACAGCAGCCCCUUUACCUGUGGUUUCCGUUUAAUACCAUUACAACCUGUGAUGUAGAGCAGCGGUCCCCAAACUUUUUGGCACCAGGGACCAGUUUUGUGGAAGACAGUUUUUCCAAGGACGCGGGUGUGUGGGGGUGUGGGAGGACGGUUCAGGCGGUAACGCGAGUGAUGGGGAGCGAUGGGGAGAGGCAGAUGAAGCUUCACUUGCUCACCCGCCACUCACCUCCUGCCGUGUGGCCUGGGGGUUGGGGACCACUGCCGUAGAGGAUAACACAACUAGUAAGGUUGGACUUCAGCCCAGGUCUGGGCCCCAAGUCCAGAAUUUUUGCCCUU